GCGGUUGAGAUAAAGUUGGUUUUGUCUGAUUAUUUGUUGAAAUUAACAUAAAAUAUGGUUUUUAGAAAUGAUGUAUUAGUGAAAAUAGUAAUUAUUUCAGCUGUUUUGGGAUCAACAUUAUGCCAAAUUAUGUUUCCAGAAUUACCAACUCAGAGGUUGGAUAGUGAUAAUACUCAAGAAAGAGUUCCUUUAUAUGCUCCAAAUAUAUGUCCUGAAAAUCAACUCCUGUAUCCCGGUUACCAAGAACAUGAUUGGGUUUGUGAUUGUGGCCCUACAUACAUUUACUAUCCACCAAAGGACUCCUGCUAUCCUGCAUACCGACAAGGACCUUGCAAAAAUGGAGAACAUUUAAUAAUACAGCCUGGUGACAUAAUACCUUCAUGUGUCAAAAAUCCUUGCGAAGAUGGUUUUGCAAGAUACAAAGGAACCUGUUAUGAAAUGGGCAGGCCUAAUGGACCUUGUCGUCCAAUUAAAGAAGGCGGUGGUAUUUUCGACGUAAAUGCCACUAAUCUGGUAGUUCACUGUUUAAAAGGUACUGAUCGUCUGUCACUAUUCAGUUUACCGAAACUUUGUACACCAGGAAGUAAAAGAGACAGUAAUGGUGUUUGUAGAGUUAUUUACAACUAACUAGUAUUAGUCAACUGCUUUGUUCAAAUGUCAGUGUGUGAAAAAAAUCAGAACAGAUGCAUUAUUAUUAUUAUUGUUAUGAAGUUAUUUUGGUAAAACCCUUAUUUUAUAUUACAUAAAUUAAAUCUGCCAUAAACACAAUAUAAUAGACUGAGAAAAUUUUAGGUACAUAAAAGAUAAAAGUUAAUUGUUUUCAAUUAUUGCGACCUUAAUUUAAAAAUCAAAUAAUUAUAUAUAAAAUAUAUUUCGUAAGUUAAUUUUAAUACAAUAAAAACUGCCUGAUUUUGUACUUAUUUACAUUAAAUA